UUUUAAAAAAAUGUAUAAGCAAUUAAGCAUCCAUGUCCAUAUCCAUUCCACUUCCACCCAUCCCCGUGGCUUCUGUCUGCUGCGACCCUGCUCCACUCCGUCUGCAUCACCUGUCACGGUUGUCACCUCCACCACGGCUCCAGCUCCACCCGCGCUGGUUUAGGGCCGCUGCUGGGCGGGUGACGAGCGCGGCUGUCGGAUUCCGCCGAGCCUCAGUAUGCGGGCAGCGGGCGCGGCCUCCGCCUCCGCCACACCAGCCCUGGCGUUCCCCUUGUCUUCCCCUAUAUAUACAGAUCGGUCUGAUUUUACUUUUUUUGACAUGGCUCCAUUUAUGCUUACUCCCUCACACCCAAAAUUAGUCUCCACUCUCGCAUUUUGAAAGAAAAUUGUAUCAAUAUUUCUAUCUUCAAAUAGAUUUACUACGAAGAUUCAUGACGUGAUUAAUCUAAUGAUGCUUGUCUGAUAUCAUAAAUAUUACUAGUAUGUUUUGGUAUAGAUUUGGCCAAAGUUAAUAUUGUUUGGCUUAUCGAAGUGCGGGAUGGAGACUUAUUUUAGGACAGGACGGAGGGAGUACAUCGGAGCUGCUCUUGUGUCAUGACUGUGCCACAUUAUGCCAGAGGGGAGUAAACUAUGCGAGUUUUCCAUUCUGAAAACAAGUGAUUCAACAUAUUUCACGCCACACCAUAAACGGACACCUCAAAGUUAUGAUUUUGCUGUGGAUGGCUGGCAACUGAUGUGUGUUGUUAUCUUUAUUGGAACAAAUGGCCAGACGUAUUUCAUCACGGCUUCACUUGUUACAAGCAUCCAGAAUUUCCCAAAGAGCAGGGGCCCAACAGUGGGCAUCCUCAAAGGAUUUAUGGGCCUAACUAGCGCCAUUCUGACACAAGUUUAUACAGUGAUGCACACACCAGACCAUGCUGCGCUUAUCUUCAUGGUUGCUGUUGGUCCGUCGCUGGUUGCCAUUGGCUUGAUGUUUGUUAUUAGGCCUGUUGGUGGUCACAGGCAGAUACGGCCAUCUGACAAGAACAGCUUCAUGUUCAUCUACACUGUAUGCUUGCUCCUCGCCUCAUACCUUGUCGGUGCUAUGCUUGUCCAAGAUUUCCUGCAACCAAGCUAUGAUGUGGUUGUUUUUCUGACUGUGAUUCUGUUCGUCCUCCUUAUUUCACCAAUCGCAAUCCCUGUGAUUGUGUCGUUCAUGCCGGAAAAAGCUCAACAUCUCAUGGAAGAUGCUCUCCUAUCUGAACCAUUGACAGGAGAGGCAAGCAGUUCACGACAAAAGGAGGAUCAACCAGAGGUCAUUUUAAGUGAGGUAGAAGAGGAGAAGUCUAAGGAAACUGAUUCAUUGCCGCCAUCUGAAAGGAGAAAGAGGAUUGCGGAAUUGCAGGCCAAGCUAGUGGAAGCAGCGGCAAGAGGUGGGGUUAGAAUCAAAAGAAGGCCACACCGAGGGGAUAACUUCACCCUGAUGCAGGCAUUGGUGAAGGCUGAUUUUUGGCUUAUUUGGCUAUCACUUUUGCUUGGGUCGGGAUCAGGGCUGACAGUGAUUGAUAACCUGGGUCAGAUGAGCCAGGCUAUUGGUUAUAAAAAUGCACAUAUCUUUGUGUCACUGGUGAGCAUAUGGAACUUUCUUGGUCGUGUUGGAGGUGGCUACUUCUCUGAGAUCAUUGUCAGGGAACGUACAUACCCAAGGCACAUAGCAUUGGCAGUUGCUCAGAUCGUGAUGGCUGCUGGGCAUUUCCUCUUUGCUAUGGCUUGGCCUGGAACUAUGUACAUUGCGAGCUUGCUGGUUGGACUUGGAUAUGGAGCUCACUGGGCUAUUGUGCCAGCUGCUGUCUCCGAGCUUUUUGGUGUAAAACACUUUGGUGCGAUGUACAAUUUUCUCAUACUAGCGAACCCCGCAGGAUCCCUCAUCUUCUCAGAGCUAAUUGUCAGCAACCUCUAUGAACAUGAAGCUGAGAAACAAGCUAGCCAACACCAGAUGUCAGCAUUGCUGUCUCCACGAUUGCUUCGUGAUACUGGCUUUCUUGCAGAUGAUGCACUCAAGUGUGAAGGGCCUGCUUGUUUCUUUUUCAGCUCUCUGAUUAUGUCGGUGUUCUGUGCUGUUGCCGCUGGGUUGAGCCUCCUCGUCGUUCAAAGGACCAGACAAGUUUAUCCUCGCCUCUACAGUUCUGUCCGGACUUGAGAUUCUCCAAUUCUGCAUGGAUGGGAAGCUCAAAUCCUCGUAUUCUAUGUCCGUUUAUUCUUGCAUACAUAUGCACAAAGAUAAGUAUGUGAAUAAAUUCUCAAAUCUUUUCCUAAGCUGGUAUUGUAAAAACAGAUAUUCUUGAAUGGAUUGUCCCUUGUGACUUGCGUAUGGAUUCUGGCACUUGCUGUCCUGAAAAGAAACUAUCCCUCUCCUUUUUUUUGAAGCAAUUACUGUAUGGAGUUCCUACAAUAUUUUUCUAUUAAAUAUGGGUAUGUACAAGUGUAAGUAUUCAAAUUACAAGGAAAUCAACUAUAAACAUGAUUUAA